ACGCGGAGCAACUAUAGAUUCUGCCAUCCGACGCGUUGAUCGGCACCCUGCACGUGCGAAGGCGGUGAGGUCGCUUCCGAGAUGAACGACACCUCGUGUGUGGACGUCAUGGCUUGGACAACUCCCAAGGCCCUGAAUCGCGCAUGCUCCUCAUGAAACUCCCUUAGUCCCGUCCUUCAUGGCGUCCAGAGUUGACCCGCCACCGUCGCAGCUCCGCAUUCUCUCGCUCAACUGCUGGGGCCUCAAAUUCAUCUCCAAGCUCCGCAAUGAGCGCCUCUCGGAAAUCGGAAAUCAGAUUGCCGCGGCCCACCCUCCGCCAGACAUAGUCGGCCUGCAGGAAUGUUGGACACAGCAAGACUACCUGGCCAUCCGGGACCGCACACAUCAUCUUCUUCCGUAUGGCAAAUUCUAUCAUAGUGGCAUAUUUGGAGGUGGACUGGUCAUCCUUUCCAGAUGGCCCAUAGAAGAGACCAAUAUGGUGCAGUAUCCACUCAAUGGACGUCCCGCUGCGUUCUAUCGUGGCGACUGGUUCGUGGGAAAGGGGGUAGCAUGCGCACGAAUACGAAUGGGACCAACGAAAAGCGAUGUGGCGGAGGUGUUUUGUACUCAUCUCCACGCCCCAUAUGAAGCCGAGCCAUUCGACUCCUACCUCUGCCAUCGCACAGCCCAGGCUUGGGAAAUAGCGAAGCUUAUGCGCGGUGCUGCAGAAAGAGGUCACCUUGUUAUUGGAAUGGGCGACUUCAAUAUGCUUCCACUUUCCCUUGCCCAUCGUAUAAUAGAAACACACUCCCCAGUACGGGAUGUCUGGCGGAUUCUACACCCAGACUCUUCCAUUGGUGCGGCGAGGGAUCCUGUGGAAAAGAUGCGGGGAUUGCCCGUGCCCUCCACAGAGUACAAUCUCAAAGUCAAUGGUGCAACAUGCGACAGCGCCUUGAACACGUGGAGAUGGAACAAAGCGCAUAAGAGACGCCUUGAUAAGGGCGAGAAUGUAGUCAUCGAAGGCUCUGUUUCGGACCCCAACGCAAAGCGACUAGACUACAUCUUCUUCAGCAGCGGACGCCGACAUGAUCCCACCACUGGACAGGAAACGGCGGAGUGGACCCUAAAAGACGCCAAUGUAGGCAUGACGAUGCGGCAUCCGACCCUCCACUGCUCCCUCAGCGACCAUUUCUCCGUAGAAGCAACCCUCGUACGCAGUGCUGCUGAGCCCACAACUGUCGACCACAUUCACUACGCCUUACCCGACACAUAUCUUCCCCUAGACGUGUAUGACGAGAUCCUGGCCAACAUCACCAAAUAUGCAAAGCGAGAACAGAUACAACGAAGGCUUCGUCUGGGUCACUUUGGAUACCAGAUUCUGCUUUCAAUUGGGUGUUUGGUCGGCGUCUGGUGGUCUCCUCAUAAUUACGUCUCGUUCAUCUUGAUGUUGGUUAGCACUUUGGGUUUCGGCGUUGGCGUUUUGGAUGGGCUUAUGGGAGGAUUGUUCGUUAGCAGUGAGCUAAGGGCACUCAAGGAGUUUCAGUGGGAAGUAAGGAAUACCAGAGAGAGAGCGAUAUCCGCCGCCAAUGGAGGAAGCUAGGUGUUCGCAAGAGACCCAUAUAACAUCAUAUCAUGAGCAUGCACAGGAUUAAAGACCCAGAGGAAAAAUGGGAUACUUGUU